UGUCAAGGGUAUAAGGGCGUCAUAAACUAGGGACCAAUAUCGGAGUGCGUGCCUGAUGGUGGGGGGAGGCGUGGUCGGCGCACACGCAUUGCGUGAACGUCUGACAGUGCGUGGACGCGGCGGUGCGGCUUAUAGUCGGUUUAGAAUCUGUACCACGAUAACGUAAGUUCGCAUUUGAAACGCGUGUUACGUAAAUUGAGUGUUACGGUAUUGCGCAUUUUUGUUUUAAAUUUAUUUUUUUUGUUUUUUGCUUAAAGACCGUUGUAAAAAAUCAAAUCCGACUUUUGAAUUCGGAAUAAAGACGUUAAAUUACAGUUUUCGAGUAUUGUAAGAAAAGUGAAUAUAGAUAUUGGACCAUUGCGACUUGCGUUUAGUUUCUUAGUGAAGUUACCACAAUGUGCACAGUGGACGACAGCUGGCUUUUCUCCAACUUUGCUAACCUGGAUUUGAUGAAGAAUGAGGAUCUUAUAAAGCAUAAAGUGUCGAUGAUGUCGGCCGUCAGCGGCUCGGGCGACCAGCUGCUCCGCCGAGUCAAACAAGAGGCCGAACCACCACCACAGUAUUCCCCGACGGAACAACUUGCUCUCGCUUCUCCGCCGCUCCCGCGCCCCAUGCUGAUGCAGCAAGAGAUGGAACUGGAGCCCAAAGAAGAGGUGAAGUACUGCGUAUCGCCCGGCGAGGGAAUCGUUGGCAACACCAGCCCCGACCAGCAGCACUGCUCUUCCACCACCGCCGCUGCACCGAGCGCUAGAGAUGACGAUGCACCCAGGAGGCUGUGUCUUGUGUGCGGAGACGUCGCUUCCGGGUUCCACUACGGAGUAGCGAGCUGUGAAGCUUGCAAGGCGUUCUUUAAGAGGACAAUCCAGGGCAACAUAGAAUAUACGUGCCCAGCCUCGAACGAGUGCGAGAUCAACAAGCGGCGCCGCAAGGCGUGCCAGGCGUGCCGCUUCCGCAAGUGCCUGCGCACGGGCAUGCUGCGCGAGGGCGUGCGCCUGGACCGCGUGCGCGGCGGCCGUCAGAAGUACCGGCGCGCCGCCGAGCCGCCGCCGCAGCCGCGCCCGCACCUCGACGACAUCAAGAUCCUGGAAGCCCUGUCCUCGUACGAGCCGGAGCCGUUCACGUGCGGCUCCCCGCCGGCCGGGGUCACUGAACCCUCAGCCAGGACACUAGCCCUGCUAGCUGAUCUCUAUGACAGGGAGCUCGUGGGGGUCAUUAGCUGGGCUAAACAGAUACCUGGCUUCACAGACUUGCAGCUUAAUGAUCAGAUGCGUCUCCUCCAAAGCACAUGGGCAGAGAUGUUGUCUCUAAUGCUGGCGUAUCGGUCGCAGUCCACCGGCGGCAGCACGCUACGACUGCGUUUCGCCACCGACUUGCAACUAGACGAGCAACAGGCGAGAGAUAUCGGGGCAGGAGAGCUUUUCGCACAGGUUGCCGGUGUUGUGCGACGACUGGAGCGCGCAGCGGCGCUCCGCGAAGAGUGUUGGUUACUGAAGGCGCUCGUGCUAGCGAACAGCGAGGCCCGCAUAGAGGAACACGCCGCUCUGCGUCGCUUCAGAGACGCCAUACUGGCCGCGCUCAACGACGCCGUGUCUGCCCUUAGGCCAUACAACUCGGGCGCGGCGCUGCAGCAGCUGCUGCUCGUGCUGCCGGCGCUGCGGCACGCCGACGUGGCCGUACGCCGCUUUUGGGCGCAGGUAUACCGCGACCGACGGGCCCCCAUGAACAAGCUCUUCGUGGAGAUGCUGGAAGCGUGCCUGCGGUAAGCUGCAGCUCAAACCUGACACCUGGAAGCAAACUGAGGACGGUGCAAAAUCCAGAUGUAAUCUGGAACUCCUGGACUGUGCAGACGGUGCAAUCCAGAUGUAAUCUGGAACUCCUGGACUGUGUGGACAGUGCAAUCCAGAUGUAAUCUGGAACUCCUGGACUGUGCAGACGGUGCAAUCCAGAUGUAAUCUGGAAGUCCUGGACUGACCGGAUGGUGCAAUCCAGAUAUAAUCUGGAAGUGAACUGAUAGACAGUCCCGAAUGUUUAUUUUGACCUGAAGACCUGGAGUGUUUAGUUGUGUAAUGAUCUGGAUAAUGAAGUGGAAAGAAUGAAUAAUAUACUUGAAGAAUAUGGGGAAUGAUUAUAAAAACUAUUGUUAUUAAUGCAAGAAGACAGAAAAGUGAUUUGAGUAGGUCUAACCUGCGACUUGUGUAUGGUAGAACUAAGUUUGGGCGGUGCCAUAUCCUAGAUAUAUUUGGACUUCUGAAAAUAUUUUUUUUUUAUAUUUGAUGGUUAUUGAAGUGUAAAAAAUAUGAUGUGAAUGAAAAGAUCUGCAGGUUUCAUAAUUUCGUGAAAUGUGGAAAGAAUAACGUAAGAACACUAAUGAAAGUGCACCGUCAAGUGGGACUUAUAACAGUGACAGUACCUGGUACUAGGUACUUGGUGACUAAAUACUAGUGACUGGAUACUAGUGACUCGGUGGUUGGAGCUGGUAUGACCUCAAGUUAUUAUUUAAGUCUUUGGCGCGGGAUGCGGGUUUAGUUUUCAUGAAAAUUCAACAUAUCAUUCAGUCGUUUAGUAUGCAUUUAACUCUUCUUUCAGUCAUUGUUUUAAUUUUAGAUAUUCUGACUGUUGGAUAAUUCUAUACAUAUUAGAUAAUUAUUGUUUUCAGGAAGAUCUUUUACUAAAGAAACUAGCAAUUUUUGCCUUAGCAUUAGUGCCGUUAAGAUGCGGUAGAUGUCACUAAUCAAUAUUUGUUAGUUUUUUUUUAAUACAAAAUGUAGAUGUUCCAAGUGUUCCAACGGUCAGAAUUUUCAUAGUAUGUAAAUUAAAAUUAUGAGUUGACAGAUUGCGAGUCUAUGAUGGCUGUGAAAUGGCAAUCUUGGGAGUGUCUGUAAAUCUGUCAAACUGUCAAUUGUCCGCCCCGCGCCGCGAUGUACAAACGGAUGUUCUAGUACAAAACUUGUUACUAUUUUUGUAUAUUAAAUAUAUAUAUAAGAAUUACGGUAAGGAUCGAGAUUUAGUAUGGUUGAGUACUUUAAUACAGGGUGGUGUGUUAUACAUAGGGAUGGCCAUAUUGUUAUUGGUAAAAUUUAUUGGAGUAAGAAAUGUAGGGUGACCCUAUGUAUAUCUGCGGUGUCAGCAUGGUUGCAUUUUUAUCAUCUGUCACUAUUUCUGUCACUUUCGCACUUACCUACUUGUUAGAACGUGACAGGCAUGGUGACAGGCGAUAAAAAUGCUACCGUGCGAAGCCCGCUGGAAUGACUAAGAAGCGGUAUCUAGAGAUGUUUGUCAAAUUUGUCCAAUUAUUUUUUUGUCGAGUCACUGGGAGUUUGAUAGUUGAGUUUUGAAAUGUACAAAAAAAAUAUUUAUUUAAAUCAGAUGUUACUGCAGUCUUUUUGUGCAUUUUAACUGCAAGUUAUACUGCAAUAAGUUUAGUUACUGAUUGACAGAUAGUUUUUAUACAUUUGAUUUUUUAUAUUGUUGUAAUAACUAUAUAAAGAUUGUAAACGUAAAACCAUCUGUCAAUCACAAAUUAGCUUAAAAACACUUGUAAUAUCUACCCGACUAAAAAACUGAGAUAGACAUCUGUCAAGUGUAUCGUUUGAAACAUGUCAACUGUCAAACGUAUACAGGGUGUGGCUUUUUGACUGCGCUUUAGUUCCAAUUUUUAUUGACAUUUGACAUGUUUUAUAUGUUCUUUAGAAAUUUCAUUAAAUAAUUCCCGUGAGUCGUAUUCGGCAUUUAUGGUUGUUUCUUGUUUGUAUUUAACGUUAUUUGCUUGUAUUGAAUACGUCUUUGUACAAAUCGUUGAAUGAGAUUGUAUUAAAUACUGUUAAGGUGUCGUACGGGUAACGUUUGAGUGGACAAUACUUGGGUGUAAAUUUGGUACACAUGAUAUAUGUCACCCUGUAUAUUUGAGGUAUAAACAUGGAUGCAAAUUAUACGGAAUUUUGGAUUUAUAUGAAUCGAAAUUACAAAUAUCAAAAUAGGUAACGUACGAAAUGGUACGAAAAGUAAAUUCUUUGACACAAUGUAUAUUUUGUUGUCUGAAAUUAUAAAAUUAUAAAUAUAAUGCCAGGUUGUGUCAUCAAAAUCUGUUGUAAAUUUAUAAAAUAACAUAAAACAAGACAAAGAAAUACUGUUCAGAACAUAUUUUAUAAAACACUGUAAACCAGGUAUAUAUAUAUUUUUAUCAAAAACUUCAAAAUAUUAAAUAUUGAUGGAUAUUAAUAACAAUAACAAAUGUAUGCACAAUAAAUAUAUUAAUAUAUGAUCAGUAUUCAUACCUAUGCCGUAUCACUGGCAGUACUAUAUAUAAUUAUGUACAUAUAGAAACAUAUAUGGAUGUUGGUUAAUUGCAGUAGUUUAAAUAUUAAAUACCUCGUAAACUGUUACCAACAUACAAUAAAUAUAACAUAAAUUAUAUCGAGUUUUAGGCCACAUUAUGUCAUGGUUGGUAUUCUUGACAAAUGACUAAAAUCUUAAAAAAGCUAAUUUUGCGGUUUAUCUUACUUAUUUUUAUUCACUCGCGCGACAUGUUUCGGAGAGCCUAGGUUUCAAGACCCGCAACCGAUUAUCUCACGCGCGCCCGGCGGCGAGCGACAGUACGCGACGCGCAGCUAUCGUGAACGCUACUCGUCCACUGUUACUGCUUGAAAUGAAAAUGGAGACCUAAGCUCUCCGACACAUCGCGGAAUGACUAAUAAACACGUGAGAUUAACCGUAAAAUUUGCUUAAUGUUAAUAUGACUCACGACGGUCUAAAUUCGAUUAAAAAUCCUUAUUAAAUUUUCCAUUUUGACCACAAUUCACAAUACCAACCAUGCUUAAGUAUAUUGAUACAGUCAAUGUCAAAAUUUAUGUAGAGGUAUCUACACACUUGUUUAAAGGCCAUGUAACAUUUGAUCUCACCUGUGUAGACAUUCUAAUGUACAAGUGUACAUAAUCCCUAUAUAUCCCGGUGAUUAACUUUUGUCAUGUAUACACGACUUAAAACUUGGCAAUUUGUCGUUUAAACACGUCAACCCCUUAGAGAAUUUAACAACCGGAGACGCAUUUAAGAGCUUACCCCUCUGUCGAAAACCUCGCCCAAUGGUCAUACUCAUUGUAUGGACCAAGGGCCUGACACUUUGAUAGAGAAAGAUAGUCUUAUUGCGAUUCCUUAUAGUUAUAAACAUGAAACCGAGCGACCAGGGGUAAGAGAAAGACAUAUUCAUGUAUUGACAGGUUAAUGUAUGGCAGCAUAAUCCUUUUUCUCUUUCACUCAUAAAUUUCGGUAUUUCGACAUCGCCUCCUACCUAUGGUCGGUGAUAAGGACAAAGCAUGGCACUAUUUUCUCUUUCCUCUUAUAUUUACAAACAUGAAACUACACUACACUAUGUCUAUGGUAUGGACUGACGUUUAUCUGACAUGGCUAUUUGUACGUUACGUAGAGGUGACGUGACAUAGUCACGUGAGGGGCCGCAAAAAUCGGCAGACUGUUUAAUUACAGACAAGCCGACUCCGGUUGUUAAAUUCGCUAAACGCCAGUCUAUCAACUUGGAAUAACUACUUUAAAGCUAUUACAUAAAGUUCAAAUUGGUUUAAAGCGUCGCUCGAAGGACCGUUUAAUUUUGUCACCUUGUCCAUGCAUCUCUUACUCUAGAAGUUAGAAACAGACCGAUAUAGUAGAUAAGUUUUCGAGAAUGGUGUCCCGCAUGUGAUAGUUGUACAAAAUAUGGAGAUGUGCCAGAUGUAGAUUAAGUCUUGAAUUUUCGUAUUUGAUCUCAUUUUACACUUCGUACUACGUUUUACAGCGUACGACGUACUUGUACGUACACUAUAAAACGUCAUAUGAUUCGCACACAUCUGCUGGCUGUGUGUGCGACAGUAGCGCCCGCCUGGCGGCUGUGUUAACAGGUGUAAAAUAUUUUCUCAACCCGCUUGUCCGAGUCUUUUUUGCUGAUGCGCGCGGCUACAGCCUAAUAUUAUGUGCUUCCGAGUGACGAGGGCUCUCAAAGGGUAAGACCCUAUUUUGUAAUAUUACGUUACAAUUUACAAGUUUAAAAUACUGAUAUAAAGAGUUCUCAUUGGUGAAGCGCCUGUCAAUCGUACCAGUGUUGCCAUUUUAAAUUUAUAAAAUUGUAACUUUUCAUAUAGGUAUGUCAAGCCGUUUCCGUCAGUAGAAAAAAGCGGGAAAUUAAAAAAAUUUAGGCGCGAUGGGUAGGGGGUAGGUAAUCGUCCCAUGGAAAAUUUUAAUUUCGCGCCUUUUUCAACUGACAAAGUUGUUUGACUGGCUAUAGCUAUCUGUAUAAAAUAUGGUCCUUGAGGUGAUUUUUUUUAACUAAACAUCACCUCAGAAAAUUUCAACCAUCAUACGGGCCGUAUGCCUGUUUGCCUGUAUCGUUAUUUCAAAGAUUUCCGUGAUUUGUUAUGUGUCUAGUUUGUUUUCAUUCGUAUGGAAGUGUUAAUAUCAGAUCAAAUAUGACUAACGUUUAUGUUAGAUGACUCCAACCAACCCUGUGUCUUAUUAUGUAUUGAAUCAAUUCGUACCUUGUUUCUUUUACACUAUUAUUAUUAUGCCGGUUCCGGAAAUAUGUGAAAUAAAUUAUAAAAAUUGAGAA